AUGGCUUUGAAGUAUGUACCUCCUCAGAUUAUAGAUGGCCAAGCAGUGGUGCAGCUUGAGGUGCAGGAUGUGAAGGAAGAAGAGGAGAAGUGGAGUGCAGCACUGAUUGCUUAUAUUGUGGGUGAAAACCCAGGAUAUAAUGUUAUGCGAAGAUACAUUGCACAACACUGGCUGGACAUUGGUGAACCAGAUCUGUUUCUUCACGAGGAUGAUUAUUAUGUGAUAAAAUUUCAAAAUAUGGAUGAUAUGCACAAAAUUUUCUAUGCUGGACCUCAUACUAUAAGGAACAGGCCAAUCAUUCUCAAACCUUGGACUCCAGAAUUUGAUAUCAGUAAGGAAUUUCUAACUGAUAUACCAUUGUGGGUGAUUUUCCCCAAAUUACCAAUGAGCUGCUGGGGAAAUGGAUCAUUGAGUAAGAUUGCAAGUGCAAUUGGAAAGCCUUUGUUUGCUGACGAGUGUACAACUAAGCAAACAAGGAUAUCAUAUGCAAGGAUGCUGAUUGAAGUAAAUGUAACUAAAACUCUGCCUACUGAGAUCAAGGUAAUGGAUCCUAGAGGGAAAGCAUUCCAACAGACAAUAGCUUAUGAGUGGAAGCCAGUGUAUUGUGAUAAAUGUCAAGCUAUUGGUCAUAUCUGUCAAAAUCAUCAAGGAAAUAAGGAGCAAAGGGUAAUACAACCACAAAGAAGAAGGGAAGCAAAGAAGGUUACAUAUGAAUGGAGAACAAAAGGACCUAUAGCUAAAGAUGUUAGAGAUGAAAAAUAG